UUUGUGUUUUUUUGUAGUCGAGCUCAGACUUUUAUUUUGAAAGCCGAGGCCAUAUUUGCUUCACAGCAACAAGCAGCGUGUAAGAUGGCGCAUCUGGACGGAGUGGUAAAGCCGAAGACAAAGCGGUCCAAACGCUUCCUGGACCACAGAGCACCGAAGCUGUUGGAAAACUCGAAGAAUGCGAUGAUUAUGAAAGGAGGGAACACAAGUGAAACAGUAACUCAGGCCCUGAAAGACAUAUAUUCAUUAAAGAAACCAAAUGUUGUGCUGUACAAAAAGAAAAACAUUAUGAGGCCUUUUGAGGACUCCACAUCACUGGAAUUCUUCUCCAAAAAAACAGACUGCUCCCUUUUUUUAUUUGGCUCGCACAACAAGAAACGACCCAAUAACCUCGUAUUCGGUCGAAUGUUUGAUUUUCAUGUGCUGGACAUGUUUGAGAUGGGCAUCGAGAAGUUCACUGCUCUGAAAAACAUCAAGAAUGAAAAGUGUGCAGAGGGCACUAAACCAAUGCUGAUAUUUGCUGGGGAGCUUUUUGAUGUGGAUAAUGAAUAUUCACGUCUCCGGAAUGUCCUGACAGAUUUCUUCCGUGGUCCUGUUGUACCUGCGGUGCGGUUAGCUGGCCUGGAGCAUAUUCUCCAUUUCACUGCAGCAGAUGGAAAGAUCUUCAUGCGAAGCUACAGAGUACUUCUGAAGAAGUCGGGGUGCCGGACCCCUCGGAUUGAGCUGGAGGAGAUCGGCCCAUCGUUUGAUUUUGUUCUGAGGAGAACUCACCUGGCCUCAGAUGACUUGUACAAGACUGCACACAAACAGCCUAAAGGGCUGAAGCCCAAGAAAAAGAAGAACAUUUCUCACGACACCUUUGGCACCAAGUUUGGCCGUCUACACAUGCAGAAGCAGAAUCUGGACAAACUGCAGACAAGGAAGAUGAAGGGACUGAGGAAGAGGAGAGGAGCUGUGGUUGUAGAGAACGGAGAAACAACUUCUCCGAAAAAAAUCAAAACUCAGGAAUAGACUCUGUUCUCAGAGUGCUAAUGGACUUUACUGACCUUACAGCACUGUGUGAAUUGAAUUGGACUGACUUGUUCGAAAACCUCUUAACACAGAAAUCACUGAUGAGAGGCGGAGCAAAUAUAAUUUUGUAUACACUCUUUCAUGUCAGAUGUUCUUUGUUCUAUGAAGCCUUUGUGGAACUUCAGUGCAGUAAAAGAAGCUUCCAGAAACAGUUGACUGUGCUAAAAUUUAAAUAUUUUGUUAAUAUGUUUUGUUGAGUCACAGCGUAUCUCAUAAUUGUGAAAAUCUGAUAUUGGUGCUGUGCAUGUCUGUGUAUGGUGAUAUAUAAACAUUUCUAAAAACA